AUGGUGGUGACCGUGGUGGUGGCCGUGGCUGAGGAUUUGCUGCUGGUUUUGAUAACUUUGCAGGUGGUCGUGGCCAAGGAUUUGCUGCUGGUUUUGAUAACUUUGCAGGCGGCCAUGGCCGAGGAUUUGCUGCUGGUUUUGGUCAUGCACGGCAUGUUCCUGUUGGUGAUCCUACUGUUUUUUAUGCUGAAACGCUUUCAAAUUAUAGUGCUGAACAUGGAGGUGAUCCUUAUGGUCACUGUGGUGCAUAUGAUUAUCAUGGCGAUGACAAUUUUAGCCGUUUUGGAGCUCAUGGUCAUUAUGGUGAUCACCGUCGGCGUCAUCCUAAACGACGUCACAAUGAUGAUGGUUUGA